AUGCCGGAAAAACAGAAAAAAAACAAGAAAAACAAACAGGACAAUGAGGACGAAGAGGGUGAAGAAAAAAAAAAAUUACCAUGAGUUUUGCAUACCACAUUGGGAAUACGUCGAAGCCCCAAAACCAGCAUGUUUCACUCGAUUGGAAAUAUUGGCCAGGCCAAACAAAAAUUUAUUAAUGAACACUUUUAUGCAGUAUAGGGAUAGGUUUCCGCAAUGCAGGGUGGAAAAGAUGAAAAUUAUGCUUCAAGAACUAUGUGCCAUGACUCCAGAAGAUGCAGAGAAAUAUUUUGCGGAAAUGCGAAGCAAAGCUGACGCGGCGGCUUUGAAGAGAAAAAUUCAGAACAUGCUGAAGAUGGCGUGCAGCAAACAGAAAAGGAAACAAAAGGAAGAAAAAGCGUAUAGGAAGGCUAGAAAAAUAAUCACAAAGGGUUUAAUGUUUGCUGCUUUAAACGAAACACCCCCCAUACAUUCUAUACGGUUGAGGCAUUUGUCAAACAUUAUUUUGGAGCAACUUUGCGACUUAUUGGAUAUCCCGCAACCUGAACGAUCCGCUAAAGAUAAAUAUUCCCUGCUGCUAAUCUCGUUAUCCGAUUGGAUGGCAAUAGCGAUAGAAAAAAUAUAUUUCCCAAUAAGAAUGGCGAAUACAAAAAUGCUUAACCAAAUCGAUUGGAGACAUCGGGAGAUUACAUUAAACGAACCCAUAGACUUUGGGGAACCGUUGGCUGCAUCUUCCGGUAUAGAUAUGGGGGAUGAUGAGCCAAAAGAUAUACAUCUUAACUUGGAUAAUUUUGAAUAA